AUAUAAGGGAGAGGGUCAGGGGCUUUAGGCAGUCACUCGUGUCUUCCUUGGUUUUCACUCUCGCCUCAACAGCAACCCAAAGAUAUAAAAAUGGUGUUCGGCAACCUCAACGAAGGUGAAGUGAAAUGCGCCCUGGACGCAUGCUCAGCUGCUGACUCCUUCAACUACAAGAACUUCUUCAAGUCAUGCGGCCUGGCCAGCAAGUCCUCAGAUGAUGUCAAGAAGGCCUUUGCCAUCAUUGACCAGGACAACAGUGGCUUCAUUGAGGAGGAGGAGCUGAAGCUGUUCCUGCAGAACUUCUGCCCCAGUGCCAGAGCCCUCACCGACAAGGAGACCAAGGCUUUCCUUGCCGCUGGUGACAGUGAUGGUGAUGGCAAGAUCGGAGUCGAUGAGUUUGCUGCCCUUGUUAAGGCAUAAAUUUCCAUUGACCAAGAUCAACCUCUUUUCAUGGAACUGCAAACACCUUGCAAGAUUCAGUAAUCAUCAGCUGAAAGAAUAUUUUUUUAUACCUUAUUUAUGAGUUGCCUGCAGACUGUUUCUCAACAUGGAACACAUAUUUUACUGUUUAUGCUGUGAUAUGUUUGAAAAAUGACUUGUGCAAAUUGUACAGUACCAUCUGCACUUCUGAGGAAGAGUGAAAAACCAGGAAUAAAUACUCUUUUGGUGUAAAGUCA